AGGAGGAGCUCCGCUGGCGUCGCGAGCGGCGAGCGAGUGGUGGCUCUCUUCCUCCUCCUCCUCCUCCUUGUCUCUCCCUCUUCCUCGCCUUUCUCUUCUCGCUCCUCCCCUUUCCAAAUCCUAACUGUAACGCUAUCCCCAACCCCAACCGCGGGGGUCGGUGGCUGGAGAGAGUGAAGGGCUCCCUUGGCUUCCAGCGACCAGAAGGUACAUUCACCACGUAAAAUAAGAUAAAGAAGAAAGAGUAAGAUGCGGCGCUGGUUUUGCUGUUCUCGACAUUUGGAUGGUUCUUUCCAUGUUCAUGAAAAUGAAUACCUGACAAGCUCAAUGCAUGACGCAUAUGAUAUGCCCAAUGGUUCAAAUUAUUGCACUUUUCCCAUAAAUGAACCCCCAAAGGCAACACCUUCUAUCGAAGUGCCUGCACUCUCAUUAGAUGAAUUAAAAGAGAAGACUGAUAAUUUUGGAACAAAGGCUUUGGUGGGUGAGGGAUCAUACGGAAGAGUGUAUCUAGCAGUUCUGAACAAUGGAAAUCAAGUGGCCCUGAAAAAAUUUGAUUCUUCAUCAGACUCUGAGGCCAGUACUGAAUUUUUGGUUCAGGUAUCUAUAGUGUCUAGGUUGAAGCAUGAAAAUGUUGUGGAAAUGUUGGGGUAUUGUGUUGAAGGAAAUCUUCGAUUGCUGGCUUAUGAAUUUGCAACAAUGGGUUCUUUGCAUGACAUCCUUCAUGGCAGAAAGGGAGUUCAAGGUGCACAACCUGGUCCCCCACUUGACUGGAUGCAGCGAGUGAGGAUUGCAGUUGAUGCUGCAAGGGGGCUAGAGUAUCUUCAUGAGAAGGUUCAGCCUUCUAUUAUACAUCGUGACAUCAGAUCAAGCAAUGUCCUUUUAUUUGAGGACUUCAAAGCAAAAAUUGCAGACUUUAACCUCUUAAAUCAAGCACCUGACAUGGCUGCUCGUCUUCAUUCAACUCGUGUUCUUGGAACUUUUGGUUAUCAUGCGCCAGAGUAUGCUAUGACAGGCCAGCUGACACAGAAAAGUGAUGUCUAUAGCUUUGGUGUUGUACUUCUGGAGCUGCUGACUGGCAGGAAACCGGUUGACCACACAAUGCCCAGAGGGCAGCAAAGUCUGGUUACUUGGGCAUCUCCUAGAUUGAGCGAGGACAAGGUCAAACAGUGUGUGGAUCCAAGACUGAAGGGAGAUUAUGCACCAAAGGCAGUUGCUAAGCUUGCUGCUGUGGCAGCUCUGUGUGUGCAAUAUGAAGCUGAGUUCAGGCCAAAUAUGAGCAUUGUGGUCAAAGCACUAUCUGCUCUUGUAAAUAAACAGGUUCCUAACCCAACGACUGCUGCUGCCCCAUCCUCGGAUCCCUGAGGAUGCAAUGAUACCUACGUUCGGAAGUUUGGUUGCUGAUAUGUUUUUGUCACCGGAGAGUUCCCUUUUGUUUUGCAUCCUCAUUUAUGUGAGCAGGUAUUUGUGCCGUAUGUUAUGCCUCCAUAUUGCCUAUGUGAUGGGAUAGAAACUGUAAUAUUAGUUGCAUAUGCACCAACUUGAGAAACUUGUUUCAUCCAUCA